AUGGCCCAUCAAGCACACGCAUACCACAUAGUUGACCCCAGCCCUUGACCUCUAACAGGCGCUAUUGCUGCCCUCCUAAUAACGUCAGGUCUCGCAAUCUGAUUUCACUUCCACUCGACAACACUUAUGUCCCUCGGAAUAGUUCUUCUUCUUCUUACAAUAUUCCAAUGAUGACGAGACAUCGUACGAGAAGGCACAUUCCAAGGUCACCACACACCGCCCGUUCAAAAAGGGCUCCGAUAUGGAAUGAUCCUCUUCAUUACCUCAGAAGUCUUUUUCUUCCUAGGAUUCUUCUGAGCCUUCUACCACUCAAGCCUUGCACCCACCCCUGAACUAGGAGGCUGCUGACCCCCUACCGGCAUUACAACCCUGGAUCCAUUUGAAGUUCCCCUUCUCAACACAGCUGUUCUACUCGCCUCUGGAGUUACAGUUACCUGAGCCCACCACAGCAUUAUAGAAGGUGAACGAAAACAAGCAAUUCAAUCUUUAGCACUAACAAUUCUACUAGGAUUCUAUUUCACCUUUCUCCAAGCCAUAGAGUACUACGAGGCCCCCUUUACAAUCGCAGACGGAGUCUACGGCUCCACAUUUUUUGUAGCCACUGGCUUCCACGGACUACACGUUAUUAUUGGCUCAACAUUCCUGGCCAUCUGUCUACUCCGCCAAAUUCAAUAUCAUUUUACAUCUGAGCACCAUUUCGGAUUCGAAGCAGCCGCCUGAUAUUGACACUUCGUAGACGUCGUCUGAUUAUUCCUAUACAUCUCCAUCUACUGAUGAGGAUCUUA